UGGCACAAGGGCGCAGUUACCCAUCCACACCACCUUUUCCUUUUUCCCUUCGUGGUAUUGCCGGCAGACCUCAUCCAUGGCUGAGAGCACCUCCCCUCCUCCCUUCAUCUCUCUCUCUCGCAGAUGUUCAAGUACCACCUUUUCCUUUUUCCCUCUUCUUCGUAUUGCCGGCCGGCUGACCUCCUUAAAUUCAUCACUGAGAGCAACUCCGCCAAGACCACCACAUUCAUCUCUCUUUCUUCUGUUCAUCACCGCGUUUCAAAAUUGCGAUGGAGAGCGGGAGCGCCACCAAGCGGCGGGGCUGGUUGCUGAUGAAGGCCCGUGAGCUCGCCCUUCGCAACGAUGACCAGGUCGGACUCAUCAUCUUUUCCAGCAGCGGGCAGAUGUUCAAGUACUGCAGUCCCAACUCCAGCAUGCUCCAGAAUAUUGAUAGAUUCAAGAAAGCAUCAGGCACUCAAAUUCAGGAAGACGAUGAUAAACAGAUUCCUGACCAUUGCCAGCAGAUAUACCGUGAGAUGACGAGAAUGAAGAAUGAGAAUGACAAGCUGCAAGCAACCAUUCGACAGUUAACUGGGGAGGAUCUCACCACUCUCACCAAAACCGAUCUGAAAAACCUUCAGAAGCAACUGGAAGUUUCUCUAGAUCGAGUUCGCUCAAGGGAGAUCGAAUUGCUCCAAGAGGAGCUUAGAGAAGUGCGGAGGCAGUGGCGGUGCAUUUUGGAAGCAAAAUUCUCGAGAGCGAGAGGGAAAGAAACAGAGAAAACAGAGCAAUCCAGAGACCUGCUUCAGCUUUCUCCUCCUUUCUCCAACCGGCUUCAACCCACUCAGCCAAACCUGCAAGAUCCAAACCUCCAUCACCAUUCUUGCAGCUCUGGUAAUCUGAAAAAACCGAAAACAUAAAGGCUGUCCUGUCUGGAAUGAUGCUGUGAAGAGCAGACUAUUGAACUAGUGAAGACGGGGCAGAGCAGACUAUGAGCAGACUACUCUACUUGGGUUCAUAUAUGGAGACCCUGAACAAGUUUAUGUGACAGAAGACUAAGUGAUUAUGCUUCAAUAUUUGACUAGUACAUUUAGCGUAAUUAAGCACAUAAAAUCGUAAACAUAGUAGAUCCAUGCAUUAUUUCAUAAGAGAACAUAUCAUAUACAUACAUAUAUACACACACACACACAUAUAUAUAUACAUAGAGUAUGAGUUUGAGAUUCUUAUUUCUUAA